AUGCCGCUGCCCAAGUCAGAAUAUUUGAGUGAUUCCUGGAAGGAUGGCAUCUUUACAAACAAAGUAGUCUUCUGUACAGGUGGUGCCGGCAGCAUCUGCAGUGCCCAGGUCCGCGCCUUGGUACACCUCGGUGUCAACGCCUGCAUUGUCGGCCGCAAUGUAGAGAAGACCGAGCGCGUCGCCAAUGACAUCGCUACAGCCCGACCCGGCGCAAAGGUGAUCGGAAUUGGUUCUGUGGACGUGCGCAAAUUCGAGAAUUUGCAACAAGCAGUUGAGCGCUGUGUCAAGGAGCUUGGUGGGAUUGAUUUCGUCAUUGCCGGCGCGGCGGGUAACUUCCUGGCCUCGAUCGAGCAACUCUCGGUCAAUGCGUUCAAGUCUGUCAUGGAUAUUGACGUCUUGGGCUCGUAUAAUACCCUCAAGGCAACUCUUCCGUAUCUGAGAGAGUCAGCAAGCAAGCACAGAAUGGACUCAAAGACUCUUCAACCAUUACCAAUUGGAACCGGUGGAAGAAUCAUCUUCGUCAGUGCCACCAUCCACUACCGCGGUAUACCCUUCCAGACUCAUGUAUCCGUUGCCAAAGCCGGUAUCGAUGCUUUGUCGCACAGUGUCGCGAUCGAGUAUGGUCCUCGCGGGAUGACUUCCAACAUCAUUGCACCGGGACCUAUCGCACAGACUGAGGGCUUGGAUCGUCUGCUCCCAUCAGAUACCCUGGAGGCCUACACCAAGGCUGAGCCGCUUGGUCGGUUUGGCCAUGUCCGCGAUGUCGCCGAUGCCACCGUGUAUCUCUUCUCAGACACUGGCAGCUAUGUCACUGGUCAAACGCUUGUUGUCGAUGGUGCAAACUGGCGCAUGUCAUCAGGCGGCGCUUCCGGCGGGGCACUGUCUUACCCGGAAUUCUUGCUUUCAGGCGAUGCUGUACCCAACGUGACUGGCAAGAAGUCUAAGCUUUGA